AUGGUAGAGAUUAGGGGAAUGCUUCAACAACUCAUUGGAACGAAUGGUAAGAUGCAGGAAAAGUUGGCAGUUCAUGACUCAGCAAUAAAGAACAUUGAAACUCAAUUGGGGCAGCUGUCCAUGGCCUUAAACAACCGCCCCCAGGGAACAUUGCCAACAGACACGAACAUUAACUCCAAGGAAGAUUUAGACAGGGAUCAAGAAGUUGCACAAUCCAGCAAAGAGACUACGCCAGCCACUCCAGUUCCAUUAGAGGUAGAUGAACCAGCAGAACUUACUGAAGUGGUGGUUGAACAGGUUCAGCAUGAUAAUGGUAAGACUAAGGAGAGUGAACAAGCUGCAGAACAGGUGGUACCUCUUGUGCCACAGAACCCCAACAGAGAGAAGCCAGCAAGCAGUGCACAAAGGGACCUAUCCACAGUAACUCUGACACAGACCUGCAGUGCAGUAGUGACAAGACUCAUGGCUCAAAAGAUGUCUGACCUAGGUAGCUUUACUAUUCCGUGCACUAUUGGGAGUUAUGCCUUUCCAAAGGCAUUAUGUGACUUAGGAGCCAGCAUAAAAUUGAUGCCUCUAGCUAUAUACACCAAACUAGGCACUAACAGAGGUAGACCGACUUCGAUGCUGUUGCAACUGGCUGACCGCACGGUUAAAAGGCCAACAGGGAUUCUUGAUGAUGUGUUAGUACAAGUGGGGAAGUUUGUAUUCCCUGUAGACUUUGUUAUUCUGGAUUGCCAGGUAGAUGAAGAGAUACCUAUCAUUUUAGGGAGGCCAUUCUUAGCCACAGGGAGAGCACUGAUCGAUUGUGAAACUGGGGAAUUAAAAAUGAGGUUGAACGAUGAAGAAGUCAUAUUCAAUGUUCAACAAUCCAUGAGGAGACCCAGUGAAUAUGCUAAUUUCUCCCUAGUGGAGGCAGUAGAUGUGAUCCUGCACGAAGAUGAUGAGACCCUGACUGCUAAAGAUCCAUUGGGGGCUUGCUUGACAAAUUUAGAGGAGAUAGAUGGUGAAGGGUUGGCCGAGUGGGUCAUGGCACUCGAAGGCCAAGGAUUUUGA